AUGAAUUCUACUGCUUCACCUGUGCUCACAUUUAGGUCAGAUUCCGAGCCUCUUUUUUCAUACAUGGCUUAUAUCGCUCGUAAUUUGGUUCAAUGCUCAAAAGAACGCAUCUAUCAUCAACAUACACUGCUACCUUCUUUACCCAAGUUUGUUAAAGCCAUCUUUAAAAAGUGUCGACUCAGUCCUGCUGUCACAGUGGUAGGGUUAAUCUAUUUAGAGAGAUUAAAGAAAAAUUUGCCCAAUGGAGCGAAAGGAGAAUACGAUACACCUUAUAAAUUGUUUUUGGCUGCAAUGAUACUAGCAACAAAGUAUAUUGAAGAUCACAGUGACCAUGCAGUAUACAUUUAUAGAGCUGUCUCACCAAUUUACACACCACAAGAGCUCAAUGAAAUGGAAAGGAGCUUUUUGAAUAUUUUAAAAUUUGACUUGUAUGUAGACUCAGAUCAAGUGGACAAAUUUGUUAAAGCUCAUCAAGAUAAAUUACAGCUCCAUUUUGCAUAA